AUGGUUUUACUCAACAUCAGAACAUUCAUAUUUGGAUUGAUUGUAUUUUAUACAUCAUAUUUGUACAAUUACAAGUGUCCUUCUUUAACGCCUAUCGAGAAAAUCGAAAACAAGGUUUUACAUCCAUUGAGUUCUCAACAUUCGGUUCUUUGCGACUUAUUACAUGGUGGCGUAAACAAGGUUGAACCUUAUGUGUUUAAGGCCCACACCUUUUUGGAUGAACACGUUCAUUCACACCCACUUUUCAUCAAGUACAAGAUCCAUGAUAAAUUUUUAUGUGCUCAAGAUAAGUUCAAGACUUAUGUGUAUCCAAGGAUUUAUGACUUGUAUGAGUUUACUGACUCUGUAGAGGCCAAAUCUUAUGAUCAAUUGAGCCAAUUUUUCAAACAAGCUAACGAGUUUGUCUAUGGAAAAUUGAAAAAAGAUUAA